GAUGGAAGAGGACCACAAGUGAAGGAAGGAGGAAGUGACAAUACAAUAGAGUAGAGACGGAUGGGUUGGCAGAGACAGCUUCGCCUUUGUUAUGGGGGUUUCUGUCCCCUUCUUCUUCUACCCAACUUGUGUUUCACCACUCUUCCUCCAUGCCUUCCCCAUCUCCUUUCCUUUUAUUAAUUAAUUAGUAAAAUCACUAUACGGAAAAAAGUUCCUGCCCCUCGCGUGGUCCCCGUCAAAGGAGAUGCAUGUCACCCUGUUCCAAACACCUAAGCGUACAGUCGUGCAUGUACUCUCUCUUUUCUUUCAUUUGUUAUAAAUAUCGGCCAUGGUGGUGUGUGUACGAAAUUGAAAACCCACGAGGAAAUGAAGAUGCGGAAGAGGAACCGCCGGAAGAGAAGGAGGCCGUCGAUGAGAAGAAAGAUGGGAGUACUGCGCAGGAUAGUCCCUGGCUGCCGAGAAGCCGAUGAAGAAACUUUGUUCCUGAAGUCAAUUCAGCAUCUCCUCCGACUCAAGGCUCAGGUUUCUCUCCUCCGAAAGCUCGCUGAUAUUUAUGGAGUCUAAGAACGAACGCAACUCCUUGUCUCUCUAAUGUAAAAAUUUAUGAAAUCUUCAAAAAAACUUUAUAUAUUUUUCAAGUAAGGUUACCCAGUUUGGUUGACCCAAUGGUAAGAGAACAUGUAAAACAUACUCUUGCCCCAAACAUAGGGCAUUCAUCUGGAUUUCACCGAAAAGAUGUAGUUGAGCCAAAAAUCUGGUGAACUUCCGGAUUAUAAAAAAAAUGGUUUCGGUCUGUGUGUAUUUGAGUGCUCCUUCAUCUCAGACAUAUGUACUUUGUAUCUCCCCGUUUCUACGAAUAAUAAAACGGAUGUGCUAUGUGUAAUCUUUA